CAGGAAGUGCGGGGACCUGCGCGGGUUGAAGGAGAGGGUUGGGGUUGGGGUUGGGAUUGGGUCAGCUUGGCCCGCUCCGGGCCAGGAGGGGUGGGUUCGGGGUGCUGCUGCGGGCAGCAGCCAUGCGGCGCGAUGUGCGCAUCCUGUUGCUGGGCGAGGCCCAAGUGGGAAAGACUUCUCUUAUCCUGUCGCUGGUCGGCGAGGAGUUUCCCGAGGAGGUUCCUGCUCGUGCGGAGGAGAUAACCAUCCCCGCCGAUGUCACCCCGGAGAAGGUGCCCACCCAUAUCGUGGAUUACUCAGAAGCGGAGCAGACAGAGGAGGAACUUCAGGAGGAGAUCCACAAGGCAAACGUCGUGUGUAUGGUGUACGAUGUGUCUGAGGAGGCCACCAUUGAGAAGAUCCGAACCAAGUGGAUCCCCCUGGUGAAUGGCCGGACGGCAACAGGGCCCAGGUUGCCCAUCAUCCUGGUAGGCAAUAAGUCAGACCUGCGGCCAGGGAGUACCAUGGAGACCGUGCUGCCCAUCAUGAGCCAGUUUCCUGAGAUAGAGACCUGCGUGGAGUGUUCAGCCAAGCACUUGAGGAACAUCUCAGAGCUGUUCUACUAUGCUCAGAAGGCCGUUCUGCAUCCCACCGCCCCGCUCUAUGACCCUGAGGCCAAACAGCUAAGACCUGCAUGCGCCCAAGCGCUCACACGCAUCUUCAGGCUGUCGGAUCAGGACCUAGACCACAUGCUCAGCGACGAGGAGCUCAAUGCCUUCCAGAAGUCCUGCUUUGGCCAUCCGCUGGCCCCACAGGCCCUGGAGGAUGUGAAGAGGGUAGUGUGCAAGAAUGUGGCAGGUGGAGUGCAGGAUGACCACCUGACCCUAGAAGGCUUUCUCUUCCUGAACACACUCUUCAUCCAGCGUGGCCGGCACGAGACCACGUGGACCAUCCUCCGGCGCUUCGGUUACAGUGACUCACUGGAGCUGACACCUGACUACCUCUGUCCACCGCUCCAUAUACCCCCUGGCUGCAGCACAGAGCUCAAUCAUCGUGGCUACCAGUUUGUGCAGCGGGUAUUUGAGAAGCAUGACCAGGACCAUGAUGGUGUCCUCUCACCCACGGAACUCCAGAGUCUUUUCAGUGUGUUCUCAGUUGCUCCAUGGGGCCCUGAACUCUUAUACACAGUCCCCACUCAGGCUGGCUGUCUGUCCUUGCGUGGAUAUCUCUGCCAGUGGACCCUGGUGACCUACUUGGAUGUCCAGCAAUGCCUUGCGUACCUUGGCUACCUGGGUUACCCUACCCUCUGUGAGCAGGACUCCCAGGCACAGGCUAUCACAGUUACCCGUGAGAAGAGGCUAGACCAGGAGAAAGGGCAGACACAGCGCAGUGUUCUCAUGUGUAAGGUGUUGGGAGCCCGAGGAGUGGGCAAGUCAGCCUUCUUGCAAGCUUUCCUUGGCCACAGCCUUGGGGAAGCCAGGGACUUCCCUGAGGAAUCCCCCAUGCAUACCAUCAAUACAGUGCGGGUCAGCGGACAGGAGAAGUACCUGAUUCUGUGUGAAGUGAAUGCUGACAGCCUUCUGGACACCUCUUUAGACACUACCUGUGAUGUUGCUUGCUUAAUGUUUGACAGCAGUGAUCCCAAGACCUUUGUGCACUGUGCUACCAUAUAUAAGCGUUAUUACAUGGAUGGGCAGACCCCCUGCCUGUUUAUCUCCUCCAAAGCUGACCUCCCUGAAGGUGUUGGCCCCCCAGGCCUGUCACCAGCUGAGUUCUGCCGUAGGCACCGGCUGCCUGCCCCAGCCUCGUUCUCCUGCUUGGGACCAGCCCAGCCCAGUACAGAUGUCUUUACCCAACUUGCUACCAUGGCCACUUUCCCACACAUGGUGCACACAGAGCUGCACCCCACCUCCUUCUGGCUCCGAGGAAUGCUGGUGGCUGUGGGGACUGCGGUGGCUGCUGUCCUUAGCUUCUCACUAUACAGGGUCCUAGUGAAGAGCCGAUGACAAAGGACCCAUGAACCUCUCCUGCCCCCAGGCACAGCACAGCGUGGUGUCUUGUGUGGGCCCACAUGACAGGAUUAUGGGCUUUUAAAGGCCUGGUGGUGUAAUGUCUAUGUGGCUGGCUACAGGGUCCCUGGGGCUGAUGUGGGUUCCUGCUCAGGGACUUGAUAUCUAGAUCUUGGCUUCCAAAAAUCUGUUGCCCUAUUAUAGGCCUGUCCUGCUUCGCCUGAGAGUCCUGGUGCCAGGUGUGAGGCCUUAGCCUUGGAGGGAGUAUUGUGUGUUAGGGGCUAGGCUGUAAAGGAAGUUGGUGACCAGGACCUGACGUUCUCAGGGUGCUCCCUUCUUCCUGGUUCUGUAUGGCCAGUGGACAUGCCGGGGGUAAGAGGUGGUGGUCAAAUCAGGGAGGGACCUGAUAGCCACAGAGUUCCCACCCUUCCAUCAGGUGUGGAGCCUUACCCACGUGGUACCAGCUGCAGAGCAAGUGGAACUGGGUUUCUUGAUUAAACUUCAUUUGUCUUUUCCUUAGA